AUGCCACUGGACAUGAUCUGUUUGGAUAGAAAGGAGGAUGAAACAAGUUGGAAAUGGGUACAAAACAUGUAUCUACAAACAGUUCAAGCGGAAGUGAACAUCGGCCAGAGCUCCUUUACCACUGCACCAGAGCCGCAGGCUGUAACAAUGUGUGGCAAACUUCUUAAUCGUCAAUACAUCCGUGAUUUCCAUUUUACUUGCCAGUCGCGGAUCGAUAGCCUCAUUGACAAGCUGAAAGAGUAUUUUUACAUGCCUUCUGUUGAGGAUAUUGCCUGUGGUAUUCUGAGGAAUCGCCGUGUGUCAUUCGCGGAUCCCAUGGGUGAUAUUGUAUACAACGAACCUUCUUCUUUUUUCGACUUGAUCCCGCACCAAUACCAUGGGGACAUUAUUCCAAAAUUUCGGCAAGGAAAGACGGGAACAGCGGCAGUUAGAGCGUUGGUUGAACUUGUUUCGAAUGAGGUUGCACCCCUUCUCAUGUGGAUGGUGUAUUUUGGGGUCGGGCAUCCUUACCGCUUUCCUGAGCUUCGACAGAUGGCUUUCGCCGGCUCUCAGCGAAACGUUUACGUCAAUGACACAACACGUCGCUUGCAGCUUUACAGUAACUAUAACAAAAACAAGUCGUCGAACAUCGUUCUUAAGACGAUGGACGGUGUAACUUCGGAAUACUUAUUCUAUUUCAUGACAGUGCUAAAACAGAUGCAGUUCUGGGCUCUAGGUCCUGACUACAAGCCUAUCAAUAUUAGCGUGGAAACUAGGGUUUUGAAAGAGAGUAUCUCAUCAGAAAAAAAGUCCGAAAGAGCCCUUCGUACUUACCUGUUUGUCGACACAGCGAAGGGCGAUCUGGUUCCGUACAAGCUCUUUCGUAAUCUUUUGGAUGAACUACCAGAAGGAGACAGAACGAGGUUGAAUUUUCGAGAACUGCGCCAAGCUAUGCGUGACGUGAUAAGAUAUUACUGUAAUAUGACACUACAAGAUCAGAAGGAUCUUCACGAGUCUCUUGUUCAUGAGCUAAUGGCAAACCAUAGCGUACUGACUGGGUUCGAAACCUAUGCAGUUAAUCACUUCAAUAUGUCUUCUCUUAGUGGUUCGGGAACGACAAACUUGCAACAGCGUGCCUCGAAAAGGUACAUAUCAUGCCUGAAUCUGGAUGAUGCAGUCAGUCUCGAAACAAGGCCAUCGGAUGACUUUGAGAACGAGCAUUCGACCCAAAAGUUCAAACUAUCAUCGGAAUACAGGCGUUAUGAGGAUCUGGAGGCUGCCGGUCGGAAAAUCUUUGGCCCAGAGUUUUCAUUUCGGGAUGAAAACCAAAGGACGAUCACCAAUGAUAUUUACAUGGGAGAGCUACCUUCCAGAGUAGUACAUGCGCCAACGGGUUAUGGUAAAACAGAGAUGUUCCAUCUGCCACUCAUCGCACUAGCUUCAAAGAAAAACUGUAGGCACGUAUCAUUCGUCUUUCUACCAUAUACCGUCAUUCUGGCGGACUCGAUGAGGAGGCUUAAGAGCAAAAACCUUCCUCGAGUUAAUGAUGUUAAACAUUUCAUAGACACCGGAUACGACGGAAUAACAGAUGUCUACGUCAGUGUUUUCGACGAUCUUGCACAGACCCAAUUUGCUUCCAGAAUUGCUGAAUGGGGCUACGCCAAUAGCCUCAGAUCAACAGAAAGAAAGAUCAAGUUGGGUUAUGCGAUUAUCGAUGAGUUUCACAACUUUCACCUUGAGAAAUAUCGUAAGCCACAGUUCGAGCCGAUUAAAAGAUUGAGUUUUGACGGGUUUGAGAAGUUACUGUUUUUUAGCGCCACCGCUCCUGCCCAAAUAGCUGACGCGGCCCUCCAAUCAAUCGGAUUCAUAGGCCUAGAGAAGCCAGCCACGAGUUUGAGAGAGACUGUCUUGGCAGAAAAAGAGUGUAUGAGAGGCAUCAGGGGUUGUUCAACUCCCAUGAGUGAUCUAGUCCAAAACAUUCCUUUGAGCCACGUUUAUAAGGAGUUUAAGCAUGUCUCUAAGCCUUAUCAAGUGGCUUUUAAGCUCUUAAAAUCUCUGUUCAUGUAUGAACAACAAGCAAAAGCUGUGGUCCUUUUAAAUUCCAAGCGGAUGGUGGAGUGGUUGGCGAAGGAGUGGGAGUUGGAUUUCAAAAUCGUUUGGAUUCACGGUGAAUUAAAUGCGUCAGAGAAAGCUAGGCGCGCAGACUCAUUCAUUCGGAAUCAGAAGGAGAAUGUCCUCUUGGGAACAAAGCUGGCAACUGAGGGUAUUGAUGUGCAUAAGUUGAAAAUGGUCAUUAUGGUCGACUACAAGCCAACCAUCAUUGAGUUCCUGCAGGCUGGUGGUCGCCUAAGGACCACUGGCAUGCUAUACGUACUGCUAGAUCCGAAAACUGCCAUCAAGAGAGAAAAGUCUGACAUGGCUCCAAUGGAUUUCGCAUGCCCUACUACUCAAAUGUCUCGAUUUUAUGGCCUACCUCUGCGUAACACGGACCUUCAUCACUUACAGUGCUGCGGCUCAACUAACUUUCUUCCGGCAAAUACAGAGCAGUUGGUACUGAGAGUCGCAAAGGCUGCCACAAAUACUGCUUAUGAGACAAAAAAGGACAAAGAUGAUCGUUUGACAAAUAAUAAGCGGAAAGCUCCUGAUCUGCCCUUCCUCUCCAUGGAGAAAAGAAGAAUGAACAGACUUUUCCAUAGAAAUGGCCAUUAUACGAAUAUUUUCGAUCAUAUGGGACAUGGAGAGACGUUGGCUCAGUGUUUGCAACUCAACGGUAUCAGUUCUCAUUUCUGGCCAUCGGGCACUUUGAUAGAGAAAGGAAGCUGCCCUAACUGCCUGAAAUUAUCGGACUGUGUGUGUGUCCACAAGACCCAACUGACUUACAGGCAGAUCGCUUGCGAGGCGCUUGCGGUUCAACGGAUGGUACUAGACGAUGAGCAGUACAAGAAGCAUCUGGAAGAAUCAAAACCGUACUUUUUAGAUCCAGUUGGCUAUCUGUUGAUUUAUGACAAAGCAAAACAAAACCUUUAUGACACCGUCCGUUCGCAAUAUGUUUGGUUUGAGAAUCUGAUAAGGCGAAGGGUGAUUGUUGCCGCAGAGUGCCUGCAUGGCAUGAAAAAUAGUUCCUUGUUCAAAUACACAGCAGAACAGAUUGAGAACAUUUAUCUUGACAAAUGGGCUUCCAUGAAAGAGCAACAAACAGAAGCUCUUGAAUACUUCUGGUGUUGGGAGAAACGUAAAUGCGCAAAAGUUUGGGAAAGGGAAAGGUCAAAGGAGGGCACUAGCUUCGCUUCCUUGAUCGAAGACCAUGGCACAUAUACUCGGUUAUACAAAAGUAGUAUCGCCAGCUUUCAUGGGCCUCACUACGUGCAGAACCAAUACUACGGUGGACAUCUGCAUAGCAGGAGGCUAUACCUGAGCUGGAAGAAUAGGAAGGUGGAACGCAUCUUUCAGCCCUCAUGGGACAUGUAUCUAUCGAUGGUCCUCGGUAUGUUCUUCAAUGAACGGCUGAAAUCCAGAAUAUACUCUCUCGUUGAACAGGUUAAAGAUAUCCGGCUGAUCCCUCACUGGAUGAAGUUGCAGAUGAUAGAAGUGGUAAUGGCUGAUGGUCAAACUAUUCCCUUCUUCAUGCUUUGCUUUGCAAUUCAUCAGGAGAUGGAGUCUUGA